GUGACAUAAAUUAAUCAAUUUAAAUCUUUUCAGAUGGCAAGUACAUCAAAUAGAAAGAACAAGUGAAGGACCCUACAGCUUGGCGCAAAAACUUAAAGUACUGUCAUGUGGUCAACCAACUUCAUACACAAGGAAAGAUGGGGAAGAAAAACAAAGUAUGACAGUAGGAGUAAGUGAUGGGAGUUGUGUCCACAAGCUGAUCGUGUAUGAUCCAGCCAAGUUUAAAUACAUGAAGGUUGGACAUACUAUUGUUACUAGAGAAACAAUUAGAAGGGAAGAAGAUGGGAUUAGAACCAUUAUUAUAACAAAAAACUCAAAAGUUUUCAUGGGGGCACCGAUGGAAGUUCCUUCGGCACAUGAUACACAAGCUGACAGAAUCGUCAACCCUCCCCCAGCAGAGGAAAAAUCUGUGAAGGAUGCCCUUGGUUCCCCUGCAAAAAAGAAAAUUACAGUAAAGGGAAAAGUAGUACAGGAAGAUGAAAUUAAAACUGUGAGUGUCAGGGGUGAAGAAGUGAAAAUAAAAACAAUAAUGCUGAAAGACAGCACAGAGACGGCAAAAAUCACCCUGUGGCGUGACCUAGCUACAGCGGACACUAGACCUGGUGACUACAUACAGGUCACAGAUGUUGUAGUCAACAUCUACAACAAUCAGGCCUCACUUCAAACAACGAGUAGGUCAAAUGUGAAAAAGUCAGAAAUUCCAGAAGUAAAGAAAGUUGUGACAGUUGAAGGAAUCUGUAUCGACGACACAGAGGCAGAACUCUUCUUAGAUGAUGAAAGUACGCUACAGAUUGAACUUUGUAUUUUACUGUCGGCCUUAUCACUGGAAAGUGAUGAAGACAUCAUGGCCAAUGGGUCCUUUAAGCUUGAUGUCGUUUGUAGUGGGGAUAGAAUUCUUAGUGCCAUAGCAGCAACAUGAUGAGUGCUACAUACUGACAAAUGUGCCAUAUACUCGCUAUGAUGUGUGACAAAACUCUUUAUUUCUGUUUCAGAAUUAUCUUGUCUUGAACUAAGAGUUUUUAUAAAUAUUGUCUUGAUCUCACUCCUUCAUUAACUGUAGCGUAAAUAUAUGACUGUAAAGUAGCGUAAAUAUAUAUCUUACAGUCCUGUUUAACUUUUUGCUGUAGCUUCUUUAUUUAUUCAUUGAUUUAACUGGGACUUCUAAAAUAUUCCUUUUAAAUAAAAGUUGAAUCUACUGUACAAUUAAGAUAAGAAUUAUUUUUCAUUUUCAUUCCUUACAUUAUCAACGACAAGAAUAGUUACUUCAGCAUUUUCAUUUCAAGAGUUAUUUCCUCUUUGAACUUAUAAUUUUACUUUAUAUAUUAUAUAGAUUUUGCACUUACCAUUUAUGUUUCUGUAGGAUUUGUCAAAUUGUUCUCUAAAAUGGUCUUGUUAUGGUCACAGGGAUAUUAUGAGGUGCAAUUUUUUUAACUUAAAUGUGUUUUUUUGAUACCGAUACAGAAAUAUAUUUGUAUCAUAAUUGAUUUUUAUGCCAACGCAGCAUCUGCAAUGAAGUGGCAUAUAGCGAUUUCCUGUUUGUGUUGUGCCUGAACUUAAAAUAAAAUCUUUCUGAAAAACUUCAUUCAACCAAACUCUGCAGGAUUAUUCCUUACAUAAAGUGCUUCCAAAAUGCUCAGAAUUUUAUUCCAUGAAGGUUGCCAUUUCAACAAAAAGAUAAAAAGAAAUUACAAGAGCCAUGUCAACAUGGCCAUCCCCCGCCGAAUGUGUUUGCUCAUUGGAAGAAUGUAUAUGUAGUACAGCAGAAUAAUUCCAUUUUAAGAGGUCUUUUGGUAAUGAAAACUGAUGGCUAUAGUGAUUACAGAUUUGAAACCUAUGUGAAUACUGAUGGCUGAAAAUAACAAAGGGCAAUAACUGAAAAAUAAUGCAGGGUAGGUUAUCAUUCUUGUGUGCUGCAUCCCUCCUCAGUAAAAUCUA